AGAAAAAUUUUGAGAUGAUUGGUCCGGUUUACACUGGUCCUGUAAUUAUUUUCCCCAAAGCUGAGUAUACAGUUUCGUCCAAAAAAAUAUAUACAGGAGUAUAUAUAACUUGAGAGAAAGAAAGCAAAUGGUAGAAGAGAGAUGAGUUUUUCUGACCACUAGAAUUAUCAUUCACCACUCAUCUCCCCUUCGUCCCUCUCUCUCCUCAAACUAAACAUACAGAAAGGGGAGAGUUUUUCCGAUUAUGAUGACUUUAUAUCGUCUUCAGAUUUUGAUUGAGGAGAUUUGUGGCUUUUUCCGCCUGAAUUGGACUGUUUGUAGGCAAGAUCCUCGAAUCAUAUAUGGCAAAGCGAAUGGUGAACAAUCGAGGCAGGAAGCAGGAGUGGGGAUUGACAGCAGCGGUUAAUUCCAUCUUUGCAUUUGUCAAAUUUGCUGAGUUUGAGAUCCUCUUCCUUCUCUUCUUCAUCAUUACUUUCCUUGUCUUCAAGGAUCUGACAUCCCGCCCUGAAUAUAAUCAAAUCCUUGUGAAGAAACCUGGUGGAAUCGAUCUGUGGCCAUAUUAAAAGGUGUAUGGUAAUUCUCUGUGGUCGGAUGUAGAACUUCAUAUAUUGUCUUGUCUUGUUGUAUACUAUUGGUUAUUUGUAGAAAGUCCUUUACUAGUUUCUGUAACCUAAUUAAGAGGAACCAUUAUAAAAAUCGUUUGGAAGAUUAUCAGCCAAUUUAUGAGAAAUCUGUUGACCUUUGGAUGAGUUUUUAAGCAAAAAUAGAAGAGUUCUAGUGGA